AUGGGAUGUAAAUGUGCGAAGGCUUUGGCUGUCGAGCGAGACAUCGAAUUAGCACCUUUGCAUGAUGCUUCAAGUGACGACGAGGCAGAGCCCGAAGGAACUGCAGAAGCCACAGAGGCACCCGCAGAGGAGCUCGGUUGGUAUGAGCGAGGGGAAUUGGCGUUUCAACACGGCAAGUCAGCCUGGCAGCGCUUCAAAGGUUCGCCGCUGGGCAUUUUCCUUCUGGAGCGUUGGCUUCCGUUGCAAGACACUGCACUGGACUUACUGAUUACUUUCGGGAAAGCGGGUUGGCCGCUAUGUUCGGAUGAUGGGUUGCUCGGAAUGCCGAAUGAAUGCUGUUAUGUUCUUCUUAGCUAG